UCUACUUCACCACACUCCCCUUCUUGUAUUCAGCACUUCGUCUUGCUCCAUGCAAUUGCACUUCAUCUCUCUCUCAAAGCUCGACCAACUACAUCGCUAAGCAAGAACAAUUCCUCCGGUCCGAAAGUAGUAGUGGUGGAUUUUUUUAGAGUACGAACCUUCUGAACUCCGAGCAUCUACACUCACAGAAUUUAGACCCUUGGAUUUCGCGGCUUCUUAUGAGUCCCACUUGAUCCAAGGAUCGAGAUUUCAAGGUUGAAAAUGCAUCCUAUGACUCAUGAUAGUCACUUCUUUAGUAAGUUACCACGCAUUGUAGGGAAUUCCAAUUGAUGGCCAAAAGAAAGAAAAAUUAAUGCGGCGUGUACAACUUCGAAUAUUACAAUUUUAUUUGUUUCCUUAUCGUUUUAUCUUUAAAAUUACGUUAGCACAAUAGGUGAUUUUUUUUUUCAAUUUUUAGUAGUCAUUCAUUUUUAUAUUUGAGAUUUAGUAUGUUCGUUUUCUUAUCAGCUUAUAUAUUUAUUAUUUUAUACUUAGAAUUUUAUUAGAGUUUUUUAAAAUUAUUCGCGUCUAAUCGUUUCCAAUGCGUCAAUGUUUUUGAGAAAUUCCAAAUUAUUACAGGUGAGAAUAAAAAUGACGAAUGAGUUGGACAAGAUUAACCAAUUACCGGGGCACAUAAUGGACCAAAUCCUGUCUCACUUGCCAAUUAAGGAUGUAGUGAGGACUAGUAUUUUGUCAAGAAGGUGGAGGUACAAAUGGUGCUCUGUUCCACAACUUGUGUUCGAUGACCAAUGCACUAGGGCCACAAGAAUUCCUUCUCUUCAACCAUCUCUGCACGAAGACUUGGUGAAGAUAAUUGACAAGGUUCUCUUACUUCAUAAUGGCCCAAUACAGAAGUUCAAGCUCUCGCAUGAAGAAUUUUGUGCCGCGAGUGACAUUGACCACUGGAUUCUUCAUCUAUCCAGAGUGUCCAUCAAAGAAAUUGUACUCGACAUCUGGACAUGGCAGUAUUACAAGAUUCCCUCCUCCUUAUUCAAUUGCCAAUACUUGAUUCAUUUGGAACUGUACAGAUGUUUGGUGAAAAUCCCGUCGACAUUUGAAGGAUUCCAUAACUUGGAAAGUUUGGAUCUUCAGCACGUUCAAUUGUCUCUGGACGGGCUUGAGGCUUUGAUUUCUCGGUGCCCUCUACUAAAACGUUUGAAGUUGAGGAACCUAGAAGGGAUUAAGCAAAUUAACGUCGAUGCUGGCAACCUCGAGUGGCUUGAUGUUGAAGGAGCAUUUCAGGAUGUCGCUUUCGGUGUUAUGAACAGUUUGAUGUCACUCAUGGUUGGUUUCUCUGAUGAUAUUGCUAAUAAACGUGGAUCCAACUAUGCCAACUCGAACAAUUUGCGUAAACUCUUCCGAAAUCUGCCCAAACUUCAUAGUCUCAUUCUUGAAAAAUACUCACUGAAGUAUUUGGCUAUUGGAAGUGCUCCGCAGACACUGCCCGAUGAACUCGUUCAUUUGAAUUACCUCUUCACAUGCAUAGACUUCAAUAGUGUGGAGGAAAUUUUGACUGUUAUGUGCCUGAUCAAAAGCUCUCCUGAGUUGAAACAUGUAGCCUUUCAGUGUCGUGCCAAGGAUCAACAGACUACACGGAUUGGAAAAUUGGCAGACUUUUGGGAAGACGCAGCAUGUUGCGUGGAACAAGUACAAGUUGUAUCGAUGGGUGGGAUUUCUGGUAGUGAGCCAGAGCUGGAAUUGAUGAAGUUUCUGCUUACUAGCUUGCCGAACCUAGAAACGAUGACGAUCCGGCCUAAUUCCACGAGUGGAGAAGGCAGGUUGCUGAAGGAGUUACUACAAUUCCGGCGAGCCUCGGCACAAGCGAAGGUGAUCUUUCUCGACCCUCUUGUUCCAGAGUAAGGAGUCACUGCAAUUGUUUAUACUAUGCUUUUUAGAACUUGAAUAAAUUGGGAUACGGAGUCGUUACUUAGAGAAAUGAGAAUCCUCUUCGUUCAUCUUCC